AUGAACACUUAUCAAUACGAGCCGCUUGACGCGAACAACAAGGAAAUACGCGUUUUACAUCUCCAGCCUGGCGCCUUCGAAGAUCCCAUCCACGUAUCUAUCGAGCACAUUCAUUUCGAUCCACCUACACGUAAUGACUCGUGGGGAGUUGGUGACGAAGAGCUUCAGACAGUGCGAGGAACACUUCCUUCCAACUGGAAAGCUCACAGAACUCUUGAGGGUCGACUUAUCUACUCACUCUGGGAUGAUGAAGGAUCAAAUGUGAUUAACACUUCAUGGAAAACCCCGGAUUCCAGUCCAAAAGACUACACGAAAAGCCAACACGCUUUAGGAUUACCUGUAAAUAAGAUUGACAGCGCAUUCGAGGCUGUCUCCUACACCUGGGGUACCAUUGGCUGCCCCUCGGACAUCGAUAUCGUCCAAGAGCAAUCGCUAUCAACUAGGGUUGGGAAAAUCGCUAUAGGCCUUAAUCUUUGGAAACUACUGCAUCAAAUCUGUAGGACGUCUAUGCGCCGUACUUUGUGGAUCGAUGCCAUUUGCAUCAAUCAGAACGACCUGCUCGAGAGAAGUGAAGAAGUUCCGAGAAUGCGUGCCAUUUUCACAUGCGCAGAACGUGUCAUUAUAUGGCUAGGGGAGACUGCGCAGGAUUCAACCACGGCUCUUCACGCCCUCAAUCUUAUAGGGAGGCAACUCGAGUACACACUCGACGACUACUUUUUGCCAGCUCCGGAUCAUACCGAAGCAAAUUGGUGGAAUGCAAGCCUUACUAUACCGCUUGAUAUGCCUACGUGGAAUUCGAUUGAGGCUCUGAUGCAACGUUCGUACUUUGAAAGGCUCUGGACUGUGCAAGAGGCCCAAGUGGCCAGCCCUUCUUCACUCGUGCAGUGCGGUGCAACUGAAGUUCCAUGGUACUACGUGCGUAGAGCCUUUAUACGGUGUCGAUAUCAGUUCGAAAUAUCUUCUCAGGUGAAUCGAAGAUUCACCGAUCAUCUCUCCCGUAAUCUACGGGGCUAUUCUCCUAUGAUUCUAUUCGCGCUCGCAUCCGAUCGCAAGUGCAGCGAGCCACGAGACAAGGUUUUUGCGAUUCUAGGACUAUUGCCGCCAACACUCACCAGGCGCAUUCGGCCGCUCUACUCGCUGCCAGUAGAAGAUGUGUACAUGCAGGCUUGUGUGGCAACAAUUCAAUCGACACGCCGCCUAGGAAUUCUAGAAUGUGCCAAUCCGCAGCACUCAACUGGUGACUACGCGACCUGGGUACCGAACCUCACGCAAUCGAUCUUCCGACGUUAUAGUGUCGGAAGAUCAAGUCUUGCCAGUAGCUUUUCUGCCUCGCACGUAUCGUUCCAAUCGCCAUGUUGCUUACAAGUGCGCGGCGUCCUUCAUGGACGUAUCACGGCUGUCAGCCACAUAACAACUAGCCAUGCCACGCACGACUAUCCAACUGUCUGCGAAAUUAUUGAUCGGCAAUUUCCGAAUAUGACUGAUGAAGCUCGCCUGAGUACAUAUCUGUGGGUGGUAACUCAGGGCUAUCUGAGCGACCGAUGGCACAAGCAUGUCGCAACUCCUACUUUGCGAGAAGCUCAGGCCAUGCUUCGAGAUGCCUGUAUAAAUGUUACGCCGAACGUACAAAAAACCUACAGGGACUGGUUCGAAUCGAAUUUGACGGAACAACGGUCCGGCAGAUUUUUUGUGACUGAUCACGGCCAUGUCGGCUGUGGUCCGCCUUCCAUUCAUGUUGGUGACCAGAUUUGCAUAGCGCUAGGCUCUGAUCACCCUAUUUUGUUGAGGCGUACGGUAACGGAGGACGAAUCCACAAUGAUGCAUCGUUAUGUUGGACCAUCGUACAUACAUGGCCUCAUGGAGGGCCAAGCACUUUUAGGUCCUCUACCACAUUCAUGGGACAUGAUCAUCGAUCAUUCCAACCACAUCUCCAGUUUCUCUUUCUUGAACCACCAGACGAAAGUAUGCACCACACAAGAUCCCAGGCUAGGUCCGCUGCCUCUAGAGUGGGAGGCAGUCGAGAAAGAGUAUGAGACCCGACCCCCGUUCUAUGUACAGCAUCAUCGCAACAAUGUUACUGGUGAGUUUAUCAACUCAGAUCCCCGACUAUCACCAGAAGUACUCAAAGCCCGAGGUGUGGAUGUGACCACGAUCGUCCUCGUAUGA